AUGGCUGAAGGUGGAUUUUCUGCUGCGUGGUCGAAAUCUCUCCGCAAUGUUCCGUUUUUUGACGCCUCUUUUAUCGAGACAUGGCUUGAGACCGAUGGAGAAGUCCCGAAGAAGGUGGUAACUCGUGGUUAUGGUAACUUCUGCAAAGGGUAUAUCUUCGAUGUCGAAGGUAAAAGUUUCAUUUCAGUCUCAAAUUUAACUGCAACACUGGUGUGAUUUCACGCUACGCAUGCUUCUUUAAGCAUCUUAGAUGGUGCUUUUUUUUCGUUUAUUGCACGAUUCGCCAUUCGAAAUCUCUUGUGCAAAAUCUAUAGUGUAUUAAACUUCCAUAUUCGCACUUUGCUUUCAGUAAAACUCAGGAUACAGAAGUAAUUGUUAGAGUUCGAAGCUACAAAUCACAGAGAAAAAAUGAGGAGCCAUGGACUCCCGAAGUUAAAAUAACCAGUACCUCCUGCAACUGUGAAGCAGGUGCAGGGCUCUGUAACCAUGCAAUAGGGCUGGUUUACCUCCUUGAGCAUUAUAGAAAACUGGGCUUAAAAAGUGUACCUCCUGCCAUGUCAAAAACAAGUCUACCACAAACAUGGCACGUUCCUCAAAGGACAGCAGGAAUCAAUCCCCGCGAGGUGCAAGAGGUGCUGGUGCAGCAAGUGGAACCACCGAGCAAUGAUGCAACACAAAAAAAUAAAAUACGCAGGUUAGAUGGAGUACGGUCCACUCUGUAUAAUCCGAUUCCAGAACAUUUUGGUUCACCCAAAAUCAUUGAUUCUAUGAGAGACAUAUUCAAACAAUAUGAAGACAUGCAAGUAAACAGUAUUGUUCCAGAAACUGACAGUUUGGACUAUGUGAAUAGUAAACUAGGGAGAGUAGCUCAUGGCUCAGUUAUAUCAUACCAACAACGUCAGAACACAACCAAUGAUCCAAAAAUUCACAUUAAUGUUGAGGGGCCACAGGAGCCACUGCCUUUUGGUGUACCAUUGCUUAAAAGCAAUUAUACAUUUGUGCCUACUUUGGCAGAACUUAACUUUGCUGAAGGGCUUAGUGUCUCACAAGCACAAUCCUGUUUAUAUGAGGAAGAAACAAGGGAGCAGUCUGACACUCAGAAGUGGCAUGAUCUGAGGGCACAGAGGCUAUCUUCGAGUAAAUUUAAGGAUGUUUGUGCCCGAAGGGCUGACUUUGAAUCACUUGCAGUAAGGCAACUAAAGAAGACUGUGCAAACUGCAGCCAUGAGGCAUGGUAUAAAUACAGAAGAAGAGGCAGCUUCUGCAUAUGCUGACAGUGGAGAUUGCAAUGUUUUCCUUGCCGGGAUUGUUAUCAACCCAUCAUGUCCACAUCUGGCUGCCUCUCCAGAUUGA